GGUUGUUCGGUAGUUUCUACCGGACUUCCAGAAGAUGGGCACAGGUAGUGGGACACAAAUACCACUAUGGAUAUCAAUACUAGCACUUGCCUACGUACAGAUCAAAGUUCAAGCUCAGGGCAAUGAGCAACAAUCACAAUCGAACUAUGACUCUCCAUUAUUCCUGCAGCAACAAAAUAAUCUUUCACCAGUUUCCAAAUCCCAUGGACUGACGUUCAUCCCACCUCUUCAAAACACACUGAAAGUAAAGGCUGGCAACCCCUCUCACAAUGGCCGUGUAUGCAGUACAUGGGGUAACUUCCACUUCAAGAACUUUGAUGGGGACAUCUUUUACUUCCCUGGGGUCUGCAAUUACAUCUUUACAUCCAACUGCAAAUCUCCCUAUGAGGACUUCAAUAUCCAGAUUAGGCGCACCACUGGGGAAAAUGCUACCGUGAUCACUCACGUCAUCAUGAGGCUGGAAGGAGCAGUGGUUGAAUUGACACGCACCUCUGUCCUGGUCAACGGCAAACAGAUUCAGAUGCCCUAUAGCCAUAUGGGAGUCAUGAUAGAGAGAAGCAACAACUAUUUGAAAGUUUCUGCCAAGUUAGGACUGAUCUUUCUCUGGAAUGAAGAGGAUGCCCUCCUGGUGGAACUAGAUAAGAAAUAUGCCAACCAAACCUGUGGACUCUGUGGGGACUUCAAUGGAAUCCCAACCAACAACGAGUUUAUUUCACAAAAUGCAAAACUGACUGCUCUACAGUUUGGGAACAGGCAGAAGAUAGAUGGACCCACAGAGCAGUGUGAUGAUCCUAUUCCUUCCACUGUUCUGAUGAACUGCUCAUCUGAAUUUGCUUCUAUCUGCAAGACAGUAUUAACCAGUGAAGCAUUCACAAGCUGUAAUGCACUUGUGGAUGUUCAGGACUACAUUGAAACUUGCAUACAAGACCUAUGCCACUGUGAUACUUCUAUGGCCGACUUCUGUAUGUGCAACACCUUUGCUGAAUACUCCCGGCAGUGUGCUCAUGCAGGUGGACAGCCUCUGAACUGGAGAACCUCAGAAUUAUGUCCCAAGUCAUGUCCUUUCAACAUGCAACACCAGGAGUGUGGCUCCCCCUGCUCCGACACCUGCAGCAACCCUGAACGAUCUGCACUUUGUGAAGAUCAUUGUACAGAUGGCUGUACCUGUCCUUCAGGAAUGGUAUUCGAUGACAUUAAUGGUGCUGGCUGUAUUCCCCGUAAGGAAUGCCAUUGUACCUAUGAAGGCGAAACUUAUGCUCCUGGUACCUCCUUCUCAUCUAAAUGCAGAUCAUGUACUUGUGCUGGGGGGGAAUGGACUUGUGUCACCCAGUCAUGUCCAGGGACUUGCAGCAUCGAAGGAGGCUCCCACAUUACGACAUUUGAUGAAAAAUAUUAUUCCUUCUAUGGAGAUUGUAGCUAUGUCCUAACCAAGCUCUGUGACAGCAAUGAUUUCACUGUUCUGGGUGACAUCUACAAGUGUGGUCUCACUGACACUGAGACUUGCCUCAAGGGCGUAGCCAUCAGUCUAAGCGGAGGACAAACUAACGUUGUGAUCCAGCCUUCUGGCAGUGUGUUUGUGAAUAUGAUCUACACACAGCUGCCCUUCUCUGCAGCAAAUGUCACCAUCUUCAGACCAUCAUCAUUCUUCAUCAUUUUACAAACAACUUUCGGUCUUCAGCUGCAGAUUCAAAUUGUACCUCUCAUGCAACUUUUUAUAAACUUAGACCCAUCACACAAAGGGCAGACCUGUGGUCUCUGUGGAAACUUCAAUGACAUCCAGACAGAUGACUUCAAAACCACAAGUGGUGUAAUAGAGGGUACUUCGGCUGCCUUUGGCAAUACUUGGAAAACUCAGGCUGACUGUCCUGAUGCCAAAAUUACCUUUGAGAACCCCUGCACUCUCAGUAUAGAAAAUGAUAACUAUGCUCAGCACUGGUGUGGCUUGCUCUCUGAUACCAUGGGACCUUUUGCAGAAUGUCACUCAACAGUGGAUCCAGAAGUUUACCAGAAGAACUGCAUGUUUGAUACUUGUAACUGUGAGAGUACUGAGGACUGCAUGUGUGCUGCCCUUUCCAGCUAUGUCAGAGCCUGUGCUGCUAAAGGAAUACUCCUUAAUGGAUGGAGGAACAAAGUCUGCACAAAAUACACCAACACAUGUCCAAAAUCCUUGGAGUACACUUACAAUGUUGAUUCCUGUCAACCUACUUGUCGUUCUCUGAGUGAGCCUGAUGUCACAUGCAACAUCAAGUUUGUCCCAGUUGAUGGCUGCACCUGUGUAAAUGGAACCUACAUGGAUGAAAGUGGAAAAUGUGUGCCUGCAUCUAGCUGUCCUUGUUACUACAAAGGAAUGCCUCUGUCUACUGGGGAAGUUAUUCACGAUAAUGGCAUUGUCUGCACUUGCAGUUACGGAAAGCUGAGCUGCAUUGGAGAGAAACCAUCACCAGUCUGUGAACCUCCCAUGGUCUAUGUUGACUGUGGCAAUGCCACUGCAGGUGUCACAGGAGCAGAGUGCCAGAAGAGUUGUCAGACUUUAGACAUGGAAUGUUACAAAACCCACUGCGUCUCUGGCUGCAUAUGUCCUCCUAAUUACGUAUCAGAUGGCAAAGGUGGCUGCAUAGUUGCUGAAGAGUGCCCAUGUGUUCACAAUGGGUAUUCCUACCUUCCAGGAGAAUCAAUCAGAGUUGGCUGUAACAACUGCACGUGUAGAAACAGAAAGUGGCACUGCUCCGAGGAACCUUGCCUAGAAACCUGUUCAGUUUACGGAGAUGGGCAUUAUACCACCUUUGAUGGCAAACGCUUUGAUUUUGAAGGAGACUGUGAAUAUGUUCUAAUCCAGAACUACUGUGGCAGAAAAGGUUUGAAUCAGGGAACCUUCAGAGUAAUCACUGAGAACAUUCCAUGUGGCACAACAGGAACCACCUGCUCCAAGUCCAUUAAAGUUUUCUUGGGGAACUACGAGCUCGUGCUCAGCGAUGGACAUUCUGAUGUCAUCCAGAGGUCACCUGGAGGAGAAAUGCCAUUCCAAAUCCGUUCCAUGGGCAUCUACACGGUUGUUGACACUACUGUUGGUCUGAUACUCAUGUGGGACAAGAAAACCAGUAUAUUCAUCAAACUUAGUCCCAGCUUUCAGGGACAUGUCUGUGGCCUUUGUGGAAAUUAUGAUGGCAAUGGAAACAAUGACUUCACUACGCGCAGUCAGUCUGUGGUAGGAAAUGUGCUGGAGUUUGCCAAUAGCUGGAAAGUGUCUUCUACUUGCCCAAAUGCCAAUCAAACCAGAGAUCCAUGCACUGCAAACCCGUACAGGAAAUCCUGGGCACAGAAGCAAUGCAGCAUCAUUACCAGUGAAGUAUUUGCAAAGUGUCACUCCCAGGUUGAACCGAAUGAAUAUUAUCAAGCAUGUGUGGAUGAUGCUUGUGCUUGUGACACUGGAGGAGACUGUGAAUGUUUUUGUACAGCAGUAGCUGCCUAUGCUCAAGCGUGCAAUGAGCUGGACAUUUGCAUUUCAUGGAGAACCCCAUCCAUUUGUCCUCUGUUCUGCGAUUACUACAAUCCACAGGGGGAAUGUGAGUGGCACUACAAGCCCUGUGGAGCCCCUUGUAUGAAGACCUGUAAUAAUCCAAGUGGGAAGUGCCUUCAUGAGUUGAGAGGUUUGGAAGGCUGUUAUCCACACUGCCCAAAGAAUAAGCCCUAUUUUGAUGAAGAAACCAUGGCUUGUGUUUCUAAUUGUGGUUGCUAUGAGAAUGGAAAACAUUACAAGCCAGGAAUGCAGAUGCCUUCAAAGCAGAACUGCCAAGCAUGUGAAUGCACAAACCAUGGCAAAAUAUGCAAAUACGACGAACACGAAUGUGUCUGCGUUUAUGAAGGACGGGCAUAUAACUAUACAGAUAUGAUCUACAAUACUACAGAUGGCAUAGGAGGCUGUAUUGUUGCAACCUGUGGUCCCAAUGGAACACUUCAAAGAGUUGUGUAUGACUGCCCAAUCUCAGUAUCACCCACAAUACCGUUUUACUUCAGCACUACUCCGCCUGCCACUGCUUCCACAGUUACAUCAUCACCAACGACAUCGGUAUGUGUUCAUGAAGUCUGUCAGUGGUCAGAAUGGUAUGAUGGAAGUUCACUAAUACCUGGAUUUGACGGUGGAGAUUUUGAAACAUUCAGUGAUUUGAGAGCUAAAGGUUAUGAAGUCUGUAGAGCUCCAAAGGCAGUUCAAUGCAGGGCAGAGAAAUUUCCUAACAUACCACUGAAGGACCUUGGCCAAAGUGUAGAAUGUAAUACAAAAGAUGGGCUUAUAUGUUACAACAAAGAUCAAAUUUCAACUAUGUGCUACAAUUACGAAAUCAGAAUCUUAUGUUGUGUCUUUGUACCAUGCUCUUCCACUCCAUCCAUCACAACACAUACCCCAGUUCCAGAAAUGACAACCACAACAUCAAGUAUGAUUACCACAACUUCAUCUACAACCACAGAAACAGGAACUACUUCUGUCACAAGCACUUCGGAAACAGCAAGUACCUCCCCAGAGACAAUCACUACAACACCUUGCCAACCAAAGUGCAAAUGGUCCCAAUGGUAUGAUGUCCAUUUCCCAACACUGCACAACAAAGGAGAUUAUGAAACCUACCAGGACAUUAGAUCUGCUGGAAAAGCAAUCUGCAGAAACCCUGAAAAAAUACAAUGCAGAGCAGAGAAAUACCCACAUAAAUCUAUUGAAGAAAUAGGCCAGGUUGUCCACUGCAAUGUAACAUAUGGACUUAUCUGCAGAAAUGAAGAUCAAAAAGGAGAACUGCAUAUCUGUCUUAAUUAUCAAGUAAAAGUAUUCUGUUGUGAUGACUACAGCCACUGCCAAUCAAGCGUGACACCUACGGUACUAGAGGAAAUUACUACCACCACUACACAAACACCAGCUACUACAACCUCAGAAAUUCCAACAACUGCAACUAAAACAACAUCACUAGUCACCGUAUCUCCUUCAACAGCAGCAAUCUGUGUAAAAGAAGAAUGUGACUGGUCAAUUUGGUAUGAUGCCAGCUAUCCAGACUCGGGAUACGAUGAUGGAGACUUUGAUACAAUUCAGAAUAUAAGAAAACAGGGAUAUAAAGUCUGUGCUAACAGAAAGGCUGUUGAAUGCAGAGCGGUAAGAUUCCCUGAUACACCAUAUCAACUCCUGGAACAACAUAUUACAUGCAACACUGAAGAAGGUUUAAUAUGCUAUAAUAAAGACCAGCUACCACCGAUCUGCUACAACUACGAAGUAAGAUUUAAAUGCUGUGAAAACAUAACAAUACCAUGCCAAACAACACAAACACCAUAUUCAACUACAGAAACACAAACAACAACUACAAUUUCAACAACAACAAAAACACCAUACACAGAAAUAUCAACAACACAAUACACACCACAGAUACAAACAAAACAUAAGACAACCACUAUAGAAACAAUACCACCAAGAACAGAAAAUAUUCACAGCGAAACCACAUCAACACCAAAGCAAAGCACACAGACAGAAACACGGACAACAAAGAAAACAACCGUACCGACAGUAACAACCCCCACCACCACAGCUAUAACCUCCACAACAAUGGAACUCAGCACGACCUCAACCAUCAGCACCCUCUCGCCCACCCCUACUCUCAUCUCCUCUACCAGCUCCCCCUCCACCACGCAAUACACCACCUCCUGCGAACCUGAACUCUGCUCCUGGACGGACUGGUUUGACGUUGACUUCCCCUCCUCGGGGACAAGCCAGGGAGACUUCGAAACCUACCAGCACAUCCGCGCUGCCGGGAAGGAAGUCUGUCAACAGCCAAAAGAAAUUGAGUGCCAGGCCGAGGACUACCCCGACAUUUCCAUCGAACAAGUCGGACAGGUUGUGCAGUGUGACGUUCACUACGGACUGGUGUGCAGGAACCAGGACCAGCAGGGCAGCUUUAAGAUGUGCCUCAACUACAGGAUCCGUGUCCUCUGCUGCCGGUCUAACCCCAACUGCGUACACACCAUCACUCCUACCACCAGUCCCACCACCUCCAUCUCCACAGGCACCUCCUCCCCUACGUCCUUCAUCACCGUCACAACCUCCACCUCCACCGCUACGCCCUCCACAACGGGAACAACACCAACAACCACCACCAGCACCCUCUCGCCCACCCCUACUCUCAUCUCCUCUACCAGCUCCCCCUCCACCACGCAAUACACCACCUCCUGCGAACCUGAACUCUGCUCCUGGACGGACUGGUUUGACGUUGACUUCCCCUCCUCGGGGACAAGCCAGGGAGACUUCGAAACCUACCAGCACAUCCGUGCUGCCGGGAAGGAAGUCUGUCAACAGCCAAAAGAAAUUGAGUGCCAGGCCGAGGACUACCCUGACAUUUCCAUCGAACAAGUCGGACAGGUUGUGCAGUGUGACGUUCACUACGGACUGGUGUGCAGGAACCAGGACCAGCAGGGCAGCUUUAAGAUGUGCCUCAACUACAGGAUCCGUGUCCUCUGCUGCCGGUCUAACCCCAACUGCGUAUACACCAUCACUCCUACCACCAGUCCCACCACCUCCAUCUCCACAGGCACCUCCUCCCCUACGUCCUUCAUCACCGUCACAACCUCCACCUCCACCGCUACGCCCUCCAUAACGGCAACAACACCAACAACCACCACCAGCACCCUCUCGCCCACCCCUACUCUCAUCUCCUCUACCAGCUCCCCCUCCACCACGCAAUACACCACCUCCUGCGAACCUGAACUCUGCUCCUGGACGGACUGGUUUGACGUUGACUUCCCCUCCUCGGGGACAAGCCAGGGAGACUUCGAAACCUACCAGCACAUCCGCGCUGCCGGGAAGGAAGUCUGUCAACAGCCAAAAGAAAUUGAGUGCCAGGCCGAGGACUACCCCGACAUUUCCAUCGAACAAGUCGGACAGGUUGUGCAGUGUGACGUUCACUACGGACUGGUGUGCAGGAACCAGGACCAGCAGGGCAGCUUUAAGAUGUGCCUCAACUACAGGAUCCGUGUCCUCUGCUGCCGGUCUAACCCCAACUGCGUACACACCAUCACUCCUACCACCAGUCCCACCACCUCCAUCUCCACAGGCACCUCCUCCCCUACGUCCUUCAUCACCGUCACAACCUCCACCUCCACCGCUACGCCCUCCACAACGGGAACAACACCAACAACCACCACCAGCACCCUCUCGCCCACCCCUACUCUCAUCUCCUCUACCAGCUCCCCCUCCACCACGCAAUACACCACCUCCUGCGAACCUGAACUCUGCUCCUGGACGGACUGGUUUGACGUUGACUUCCCCUCCUCGGGGACAAGCCAGGGAGACUUCGAAACCUACCAGAACAUCCGCGCUGCCGGGAAGGAAGUCUGUCAACAGCCAAAACAAAUUGAGUGCCAGGCCGAGGACUACCCUGACAUUUCCAUUGAACAAGUCGGACAGGUUGUGCAGUGUGACGUUCACUACGGACUGGUGUGCAGGAACCAGGACCAGCAGGGCAGCUUUAAGAUGUGCCUCAACUACAGGAUCCUCCCACCACCUCCAUCUCCAGGCACCUCCUCCCCUACGUCCAUCAUCACCGUCACAACCUCCACCUCCACCGCUACGCCCUCCACAACGGGAACAACACCAACAACCACCACCAGCACCCUCUCGCCCACCCCUACUCUCAUCUCCUCUACCAGCUCCCCCUCCACCACGCAAUACACCACCUCCUGCGAACCUGAACUCUGCUCCUGGACGGACUGGUUUGACGUUGACUUCCCCUCCUCGGGGACAAGCCAGGGAGACUUCGAAACCUACCAGAACAUCCGCGCUGCCGGGAAGGAAGUCUGUCAACAGCCAAAACAAAUUGAGUGCCAGGCCGAGGACUACCCUGACAUUUCCAUCGAACAAGUCGGACAGGUUGUGCAGUGUGACGUUCACUACGGACUGGUGUGCAGGAACCAGGACCAGCAGGGCAGCUUUAAGAUGUGCCUCAACUACAGGAUCCGUGUCCUCUGCUGCCGGUCUAACCCCAACUGCGUACACACCAUCACUCCUACCACCAGUCCCACCACCUCCAUCUCCACAGGCACCUCCUCCCCUACGUCCUUCAUCACCGUCACAACCUCCACCUCCACCGCUACGCCCUCCACAACGGGAACAACACCAACGACCACCACCAGCACCCUCUCGCCCACCCCUACUCUCAUCUCCUCUACCAGCUCCCCCUCCACCACGCAAUACACCACCUCCUGCGAACCUGAACUCUGCUCCUGGACGGACUGGUUUGACGUUGACUUCCCCUCCUCGGGGACAAGCCAGGGAGACUUCGAAACCUACCAGCACAUCCGCGCUGCCGGGAAGGAAGUCUGUCAACAGCCAAAAGAAAUUGAGUGCCAGGCCGAGGACUACCCCGACAUUUCCAUCGAACAAGUCGGACAGGUUGUGCAGUGUGACGUUCACUACGGACUGGUGUGCAGGAACCAGGACCAGCAGGGCAGCUUUAAGAUGUGCCUCAACUACAGGAUCCGUGUCCUCUGCUGCCGGUCUAACCCCAACUGCGUACACACCAUCACUCCUACCACCAGUCCCACCACCUCCAUCUCCACAGGCACCUCCUCCCCUACGUCCUUCAUCACCGUCACAACCUCCACCUCCACCGCUACGCCCUCCACAACGGGAACAACACCAACAACCACCACCAGCACCCUCUCGCCCACCCCUACUCUCAUCUCCUCUACCAGCUCCCCCUCCACCACGCAAUACACCACCUCCUGCGAACCUGAACUCUGCUCCUGGACGGACUGGUUUGACGUUGACUUCCCCUCCUCGGGGACAAGCCAGGGAGACUUCGAAACCUACCAGCACAUCCGCGCUGCCGGGAAGGAAGUCUGUCAACAGCCAAAAGAAAUUGAGUGCCAGGCCGAGGACUACCCCGACAUUUCCAUCAAACAAGUCGGACAGGUUGUGCAGUGUGACGUUCACUACGGACUGGUGUGCAGGAACCAGGACCAGCAGGGCAGCUUUAAGAUGUGCCUCAACUACAGGAUCCGUGUCCUCUGCUGCCGGUCUAACCCCAACUGCGUACACACCAUCACUCCUACCACCAGUCCCACCACCUCCAUCUCCACAGGCACCUCCUCCCCUACGUCCUUCAUCACCGUCACAACCUCCACCUCCACCGCUACGCCCUCCACAACGGGAACAACACCAACAACCACCACCAGCACCCUCUCGCCCACCCCUACUCUCAUCUCCUCUACCAGCUCCCCCUCCACCACGCAAUACACCACCUCCUGCGAACCUGAACUCUGCUCCUGGACGGACUGGUUUGACGUUGACUUCCCCUCCUCGGGGACAAGCCAGGGAGACUUCGAAACCUACCAGCACAUCCGCGCUGCCGGGAAGGAAGUCUGUCAACAGCCAAAAGAAAUUGAGUGCCAGGCCGAGGACUACCCCGACAUUUCCAUCGAACAAGUCGGACAGGUUGUGCAGUGUGACGUUCACUACGGACUGGUGUGCAGGAACCAGGACCAGCAGGGCAGCUUUAAGAUGUGCCUCAACUACAGGAUCCUCCCACCACCUCCAUCUCCAGGCACCUCCUCCCCUACGUCCUUCAUCACCGUCACAACCUCCACCUCCACCGCUACGCCCUCCACAACGGGAACAACACCAACAACCACCACCAGCACCCUCUCGCCCACCCCUACUCUCAUCUCCUCUACCAGCUCCCCCUCCACCACGCAAUACACCACCUCCUGCGAACCUGAACUCUGCUCCUGGACGGACUGGUUUGACGUUGACUUCCCCUCCUCGGGGACAAGCCAGGGAGACUUCGAAACCUACCAGCACAUCCGCGCUGCCGGGAAGGAAGUCUGUCAACAGCCAAAACAAAUUGAGUGCCAGGCCGAGGACUACCCCGACAUUUCCAUCGAACAAGUCGGACAGGUUGUGCAGUGUGACGUUCACUACGGACUGGUGUGCAGGAACCAGGACCAGCAGGGCAGCUUUAAGAUGUGCCUCAACUACAGGAUCCGUGUCCUCUGCUGCCGGUCUAACCCCAACUGCGUACACACCAUCACUCCUACCACCAGUCCCACCACCUCCAUCUCCACAGGCACCUCCUCCCCUACGUCCUUCAUCACCGUCACAACCUCCACCUCCACCGCUCUGCCCUCCAUAACGGCAACAACACCAACAACCACCACCAGCACCCUCUCGCCCACCCCUACUCUCAUCUCCUCUACCAGCUCCCCCUCCACCACGCAAUACACCACCUCCUGCGAACCUGAACUCUGCUCCUGGACGGACUGGUUUGACGUUGACUUCCCCUCCUCGGGGACAAGCCAGGGAGACUUCGAAACCUACCAGCACAUCCGCGCUGCCGGGAAGGAAGUCUGUCAACAGCCAAAACAAAUUGAGUGCCAGGCCGAGGACUACCCCGACAUUUCCAUCGAACAAGUCGGACAGGUUGUGCAGUGUGACGUUCACUACGGACUGGUGUGCAGGAACCAGGACCAGCAGGGCAGCUUUAAGAUGUGCCUCAACUACAGGAUCCGUGUCCUCUGCUGCCGGUCUAACCCCAACUGCGUACACACCAUCACUCCUACCACCAGUCCCACCACCUCCAUCUCCACAGGCACCUCCUCCCCUACGUCCUUCAUCACCGUCACAACCUCCACCUCCACCGCUACGCCCUCCACAACGGGAACAACACCAACAACCACCACCAGCACCCUCUCGCCCACCCCUACUCUCAUCUCCUCUACCAGCUCCCCCUCCACCACGCAAUACACCACCUCCUGCGAACCUGAACUCUGCUCCUGGACGGACUGGUUUGACGUUGACUUCCCCUCCUCGGGGACAAGCCAGGGAGACUUCGAAACCUACCAGCACAUCCGCGCUGCCGGGAAGGAAGUCUGUCAACAGCCAAAAGAAAUUGAGUGCCAGGCCGAGGACUACCCCGACAUUUCCAUCGAACAAGUCGGACAGGUUGUGCAGUGUGACGUUCACUACGGACUGGUGUGCAGGAACCAGGACCAGCAGGGCAGCUUUAAGAUGUGCCUCAACUACAGGAUCCGUGUCCUCUGCUGCCGGUCUAACCCCAACUGCGUACACACCAUCACUCCUACCACCAGUCCCACCACCUCCAUCUCCACAGGCACCUCCUCCCCUACGUCCUUCAUCACCGUCACAACCUCCACCUCCACCGCUACGCCCUCCACAACGGGAACAACACCAACAACCACCACCAGCACCCUCUCGCCCACCCCUACUCUCAUCUCCUCUACCAGCUCCCCCUCCACCACGCAAUACACCACCUCCUGCGAACCUGAACUCUGCUCCUGGACGGACUGGUUUGACGUUGACUUCCCCUCCUCGGGGACAAGCCAGGGAGACUUCGAAACCUACCAGCACAUCCGCGCUGCCGGGAAGGAAGUCUGUCAACAGCCAAAAGAAAUUGAGUGCCAGGCCGAGGACUACCCCAACAUUUCCAUCAAACAAGUCGGACAGGUUGUGCAGUGUGACGUUCACUACGGACUGGUGUGCAGGAACCAGGACCAGCAGGGCAGCUUUAAGAUGUGCCUCAACUACAGGAUCCGUGUCCUCUGCUGCCGGUCUAACCCCAACUGCGUACACACCAUCACUCCUACCACCAGUCCCACCACCUCCAUCUCCACAGGCACCUCCUCCCCUACGUCCUUCAUCACCGUCACAACCUCCACCUCCACCGCUACGCCCUCCACAACGGGAACAACACCAACAACCACCACCAGCACCCUCUCGCCCACCCCUACUCUCAUCUCCUCUACCAGCUCCCCCUCCACCACGCAAUACACCACCUCCUGCGAACCUGAACUCUGCUCCUGGACGGACUGGUUUGACGUUGACUUCCCCUCCUCGGGGACAAGCCAGGGAGACUUCGAAACCUACCAGCACAUCCGCGCUGCCGGGAAGGAAGUCUGUCAACAGCCAAAACAAAUUGAGUGCCAGGCCGAGGACUACCCCGACAUUUCCAUCGAACAAGUCGGACAGGUUGUGCAGUGUGACGUUCACUACGGACUGGUGUGCAGGAACCAGGACCAGCAGGGCAGCUUUAAGAUGUGCCUCAACUACAGGAUCCUCCCACCACCUCCAUCUCCAGGCACCUCCUCCCCUACGUCCUUCAUCACCGUCACAACCUCCACCUCCACCGCUACGCCCUCCACAACGGGAACAACACCAACAACCACCACCAGCACCCUCUCGCCCACCCCUACUCUCAUCUCCUCUACCAGCUCCCCCUCCACCACGCAAUACACCACCUCCUGCGAACCUGAACUCUGCUCCUGGACGGACUGGUUUGACGUUGACUUCCCCUCCUCGGGGACAAGCCAGGGAGACUUCGAAACCUACCAGCACAUCCGCGCUGCCGGGAAGGAAGUCUGUCAACAGCCAAAAGAAAUUGAGUGCCAGGCCGAGGACUACCCCGACAUUUCCAUCGAACAAGUCGGACAGGUUGUGCAGUGUGACGUUCACUACGGACUGGUGUGCAGGAACCAGGACCAGCAGGGCAGCUUUAAGAUGUGCCUCAACUACAGGAUCCGUGUCCUCUGCUGCCGGUCUAACCCCAACUGCGUACACACCAUCACUCCUACCACCAGUCCCACCACCUCCAUCUCCACAGGCACCUCCUCCCCUACGUCCUUCAUCACCGUCACAACCUCCACCUCCACCGCUACGCCCUCCACAACGGGAACAACACCAACAACCACCACCAGCACCCUCUCGCCCACCCCUACUCUCAUCUCCUCUACCAGCUCCCCCUCCACCACGCAAUACACCACCUCCUGCGAACCUGAACUCUGCUCCUGGACGGACUGGUUUGACGUUGACUUCCCCUCCUCGGGGACAAGCCAGGGAGACUUCGAAACCUACCAGAACAUCCGCGCUGCCGGGAAGGAAGUCUGUCAACAGCCAAAACAAAUUGAGUGCCAGGCCGAGGACUACCCCGACAUUUCCAUCGAACAAGUCGGACAGGUUGUGCAGUGUGACGUUCACUACGGACUGGUGUGCAGGAACCAGGACCAGCAGGGCAGCUUUAAGAUGUGCCUCAACUACAGGAUCCGUGUCCUCUGCUGCUGGUCUAACCCCAACUGCGUACACACCAUCACUCCUACCACCAGUCCCACCACCUCCAUCUCCACAGGCACCUCCUCCCCUACGUCCUUCAUCACCGUCACAACCUCCACCUCCACCGCUCUGCCCUCCAUAACGGCAACAACACCAACAACCACCACCAGCACCCUCUCGCCCACCCCUACUCUCAUCUCCUCUACCAGCUCCCCCUCCACCACGCAAUACACCACCUCCUGCGAACCUGAACUCUGCUCCUGGACGGACUGGUUUGACGUUGACUUCCCCUCCUCGGGGACAAGCCAGGGAGACUUCGAAACCUACCAGAACAUCCGCGCUGCCGGGAAGGAAGUCUGUCAACAGCCAAAACAAAUUGAGUGCCAGGCCGAGGACUACCCCGACAUUUCCAUCGAACAAGUCGGACAGGUUGUGCAGUGUGACGUUCACUACGGACUGGUGUGCAGGAACCAGGACCAGCAGGGCAGCUUUAAGAUGUGCCUCAACUACAGGAUCCGUGUCCUCUGCUGCCGGUCUAACCCCAACUGCGUACACACCAUCACUCCUACCACCAGUCCCACCACCUCCAUCUCCACAGGCACCUCCUCCCCUACGUCCUUCAUCACCGUCACAACCUCCACCUCCACCGCUACGCCCUCCACAACGGGAACAACACCAACGACCACCACCAGCACCCUCUCGCCCACCCCUACUCUCAUCUCCUCUACCAGCUCCCCCUCCACCACGCAAUACACCACCUCCUGCGAACCUGAACUCUGCUCCUGGACGGACUGGUUUGACGUUGACUUCCCCUCCUCGGGGACAAGCCAGGGAGACUUCGAAACCUACCAGCACAUCCGCGCUGCCGGGAAGGAAGUCUGUCAACAGCCAAAACAAAUUGAGUGCCAGGCCGAGGACUACCCUGACAUUUCCAUCGAACAAGUCGGACAGGUUGUGCAGUGUGACGUUCACUACGGACUGGUGUGCAGGAACCAGGACCAGCAGGGCAGCUUUAAGAUGUGCCUCAACUACAGGAUCCUCCCACCACCUCCAUCUCCAGGCACCUCCUCCCCUACGUCCUUCAUCACCGUCACAACCUCCACCUCCACCGCUACGCCCUCCACAACGGGAACAACACCAACAACCACCACCAGCACCCUCUCGCCCACCCCUACUCUCAUCUCCUCUACCAGCUCCCCCUCCACCACGCAAUACACCACCUCCUGCGAACCUGAACUCUGCUCCUGGACGGACUGGUUUGACGUUGACUUCCCCUCCUCGGGGACAAGCCAGGGAGACUUCGAAACCUACCAGAACAUCCGCGCUGCCGGGAAGGAAGUCUGUCAACAGCCAAAACAAAUUGAGUGCCAGGCCGAGGACUACCCCGACAUUUCCAUCGAACAAGUCGGACAGGUUGUGCAGUGUGACGUUCACUACGGACUGGUGUGCAGGAACCAGGACCAGCAGGGCAGCUUUAAGAUGUGCCUCAACUACAGGAUCCGUGUCCUCUGCUGCCGGUCUAACCCCAACUGCGUACACACCAUCACUCCUACCACCAGUCCCACCACCUCCAUCUCCACAGGCACCUCCUCCCCUACGUCCUUCAUCACCGUCACAACCUCCACCUCCACCGCUACGCCCUCCACAACGGGAACAACACCAACAACCACCACCAGCACCCUCUCGCCCACCCCUACUCUCAUCUCCUCUACCAGCUCCCCCUCCACCACGCAAUACACCACCUCCUGCGAACCUGAACUCUGCUCCUGGACGGACUGGUUUGACGUUGACUUCCCCUCCUCGGGGACAAGCCAGGGAGACUUUGAAACCUACCAGAACAUCCGCGCUGCCGGGAAGGAAGUCUGUCAACAGCCAAAACAAAUUGAGUGCCAGGCCGAGGACUACCCCGACAUUUCCAUCAAACAAGUCGGACAGGUUGUGCAGUGUGACGUUCACUACGGACUGGUGUGCAGGAACCAGGACCAGCAGGGCAGCUUUAAGAUGUGCCUCAACUACAGGAUCCGUGUCCUCUGCUGCCGGUCUAACCCCAACUGCGUACACACCAUCACUCCUACCACCAGUCACACCACCUCCAUCUCCACAGGCACCUCCUCCCCUACGUCCUUCAUCACCGUCACAACCUCCACCUCCACCGCUCUGCCCUCCAUAACGGCAACAACACCAACAACCACCACCAGCACCCUCUCGCCCACCCCUACUCUCAUCUCCUCUACCAGCUCCCCCUCCACCACGCAAUACACCACCUCCUGCGAACCUGAACUCUGCUCCUGGACGGACUGGUUUGACGUUGACUUCCCCUCCUCGGGGACAAGCCAGGGAGACUUCGAAACCUACCAGCACAUCCGCGCUGCCGGGAAGGAAGUCUGUCAACAGCCAAAACAAAUUGAGUGCCAGGCCGAGGACUACCCUGACAUUUCCAUCGAACAAGUCGGACAGGAUGUGCAGUGUGACGUUCACUACGGACUGGUGUGCAGGAACCAGGACCAGCAGGGCAGCUUUAAGAUGUGCCUCAACUACAGGAUCCGUGUCCUCUGCUGCCGGUCUAACCCCAACUGCGUACACACCAUCACUCCUACCACCAGUCCCACCACCUCCAUCUCCACAGGCACCUCCUCCCCUACGUCCUUCAUCACCGUCACAACCUCCACCUCCACCGCUACGCCCUCCACAACGGGAACAACACCAACAACCACCACCAGCACCCUCUCGCCCACCCCUACUCUCAUCUCCUCUACCAGCUCCCCCUCCACCACGCAAUACACCACCUCCUGCGAACCUGAACUCUGCUCCUGGACGGACUGGUUUGACGUUGACUUCCCCUCCUCGGGGACAAGCCAGGGAGACUUCGAAACCUACCAGCACAUCCGCGCUGCCGGGAAGGAAGUCUGUCAACAGCCAAAAGAAAUUGAGUGCCAGGCCGAGGACUACCCCGACAUUUCCAUCGAACAAGUCGGACAGGUUGUGCAGUGUGACGUUCACUACGGACUGGUGUGCAGGAACCAGGACCAGCAGGGCAGCUUUAAGAUGUGCCUCAACUACAGGAUCCGUGUCCUCUGCUGCCAGUCUAACCCCAACUGCGUACACACCAUCACUCCUACCACCAGUCCCACCAUCUCCAUCUCCACAGGCACCUCCUCCCCUACGUCCUUCAUCACCGUCACAACCUCCACCUCCACCGCUACGCCCUCCACAACGGGAACAACACCAACAACCACCACCAGCACCCUCUCGCCCACCCCUACUCUCAUCUCCUCUACCAGCUCCCCCUCCACCACGCAAUACACCACCUCCUGCGAACCUGAACUCUGCUCCUGGACGGACUGGUUUGACGUUGACUUCCCCUCCUCGGGGACAAGCCAGGGAGACUUCGAAACCUACCAGCACAUCCGCGCUGCCGGGAAGGAAGUCUGUCAACAGCCAAAAGAAAUUGAGUGCCAGGCCGAGGACUACCCCGACAUUUCCAUCAAACAAGUCGGACAGGUUGUGCAGUGUGACGUUCACUACGGACUGGUGUGCAGGAACCAGGACCAGCAGGGCAGCUUUAAGAUGUGCCUCAACUACAGGAUCCGUGUCCUCUGCUGCCGGUCUAACCCCAACUGCGUACACACCAUCACUCCUACCACCAGUCCCACCACCUCCAUCUCCACAGGCACCUCCUCCCCUACGUCCUUCAUCACCGUCACAACCUCCACCUCCACCGCUACGCCCUCCACAACGGGAACAACACCAACAACCACCACCAGCACCCUCUCGCCCACCCCUACUCUCAUCUCCUCUACCAGCUCCCCCUCCACCACGCAAUACACCACCUCCUGCGAACCUGAACUCUGCUCCUGGACGGACUGGUUUGACGUUGACUUCCCCUCCUCGGGGACAAGCCAGGGAGACUUCGAAACCUACCAGCACAUCCGCGCUGCCGGGAAGGAAGUCUGUCAACAGCCAAAAGAAAUUGAGUGCCAGGCCGAGGACUACCCCGACAUUUCCAUCGAACAAGUCGGACAGGUUGUGCAGUGUGACGUUCACUACGGACUGGUGUGCAGGAACCAGGACCAGCAGGGCAGCUUUAAGAUGUGCCUCAACUACAGGAUCCGUGUCCUCUGCUGCCGGUCUAACCCCAACUGCGUACACACCAUCACUCCUACCACCAGUCCCACCACCUCCAUCUCCACAGGCACCUCCUCCCCUACGUCCUUCAUCACCGUCACAACCUCCACCUCCACCGCUCUGCCCUCCAUAACGGCAACAACACCAACAACCACCACCAGCACCCUCUCGCCCACCCCUACUCUCAUCUCCUCUACCAGCUCCCCCUCCACCACGCAAUACACCACCUCCUGCGAACCUGAACUCUGCUCCUGGACGGACUGGUUUGACGUUGACUUCCCCUCCUCGGGGACAAGCCAGGGAGACUUCGAAACCUACCAGCACAUCCGCGCUGCCGGGAAGGAAGUCUGUCAACAGCCAAAACAAAUUGAGUGCCAGGCCGAGGACUACCCCGACAUUUCCAUCGAACAAGUCGGACAGGUUGUGCAGUGUGACGUUCACUACGGACUGGUGUGCAGGAACCAGGACCAGCAGGGCAGCUUUAAGAUGUGCCUCAACUACAGGAUCCGUGUCCUCUGCUGCCGGUCUAACCCCAACUGCGUAUACACCAUCACUCCUACCACCAGUCCCACCAGCUCCAUCUCAACAGGCACCUCCUCCCCUACGUCCUUCAUCACCGUCACAACCUCCACCUCCACCGCUACGCCCUCCACAACGGGAACAACACCAACAACCACCACCAGCACCCUCUCGCCCACCCCUACUCUCAUCUCCUCUACCAGCUCCCCCUCCACCACGCAAUACACCACCUCCUGCGAACCUGAACUCUGCUCCUGGACGGACUGGUUUGACGUUGACUUCCCCUCCUCGGGGACAAGCCAGGGAGACUUCGAAACCUACCAGCACAUCCGCGCUGCCGGGAAGGAAGUCUGUCAACAGCCAAAAGAAAUUGAGUGCCAGGCCGAGGACUACCCCGACAUUUCCAUCGAACAAGUCGGACAGGUUGUGCAGUGUGACGUUCACUACGGACUGGUGUGCAGGAACCAGGACCAGCAGGGCAGCUUUAAGAUGUGCCUCAACUACAGGAUCCGUGUCCUCUGCUGCCGGUCUAACCCCAACUGCGUACACACCAUCACUCCUACCACCAGUCCCACCACCUCCAUCUCCACAGGCACCUCCUCCCCUACGUCCUUCAUCACCGUCACAACCUCCACCUCCACCGCUACGCCCUCCACAACGGGAACAACACCAACAACCACCACCAGCACCCUCUCGCCCACCCCUACUCUCAUCUCCUCUACCAGCUCCCCCUCCACCACGCAAUACACCACCUCCUGCGAACCUGAACUCUGCUCCUGGACGGACUGGUUUGACGUUGACUUCCCCCCCUCGGGGACAAGCCAGGGAGACUUCGAAACCUACCAGCACAUCCGCGCUGCCGGGAAGGAAGUCUGUCAACAGCCAAAACAAAUUGAGUGCCAGGCCGAGGACUACCCUGACAUUUCCAUCGAACAAGUCGGACAGGUUGUGCAGUGUGACGUUCACUACGGACUGGUGUGCAGGAACCAGGACCAGCAGGGCAGCUUUAAGAUGUGCCUCAACUACAGGAUCCGUGUCCUCUGCUGCCGGUCUAACCCCAACUGCGUACACACCAUCACUCCUACCACCAGUCCCACCACCUCCAUCUCCACAGGCACCUCCUCCCCUACGUCCUUCAUCACCGUCACAUCUUCCACAUUUUCCACCAGUUUCAGCACCCGUACUUCUAUAUCAACAUCAUGUUUCUGUAAAAUUGGAUUCAACAUUUAUUCACCUGGUGAACUGAUUUACAGCACAAUGGAUAGUGAUGGAUGUAGAUUUUAUGCUAGGUGUAGUGAAAAAUGUACAGUUGAACGCUACACUGGAGACUGUAAUUUUACUACUCCAUUAACCACUACAUCUCCUCAGACGCCUACCAUAAUAACAACACAUCCAAUUCUUCCUCCGGGUUGUGUUUCUGGUACUCACCCUCCCCUACAGCCUGGCCAGAGAUUCAAAUUAUCCAACUGUACAGAACUCAUCUGUGAGGGAAACAACAAAGUUAUAGUAAACCAAACAGUAUGUCCACCUAUAAAGGAAAUUACCUGUGCAAACAAAUACCCAGCAGUAUUGGUACCUGAUGAAAAUGGAUGCUGUUACCACUAUGAGUGUCAAUGUGUCUGCAGUGGAUGGGGUGAUCCUCAUUAUAUUACUUUUGAUGGAACCUACUAUACUUUCCUUGAAAAUUGCACUUAUGUUCUGGUGAAACAGAUUGUGCCUAAAUACGACAACUUCCGUGUUCACAUUGAGAAUUACUACUGUGAUUCAAAAGAUGGACUUUCCUGUCCUAAAUCCAUUAUUAUUUUCUACAAAUCUGCAACAGUGAAGCUGACCCGUGAACUCCUGAACGGUGUGAUGACAAAUGUGAUGUACUUCAACAAUAAGAUUGUCCAACCAGGCUUUCACAAAGAUGGCAUUUAUUUCUCCACACUUGGAAUCAAUAUGAUUGUAGAAAUACCAGAAAUUGGUGCAACCAUCACCUUCAGUGGGCUGAUCUUUUCUGUGAAACUCCCAUACAGCAAAUUUGGCAACAAUACUGAAGGACAGUGUGGAACAUGUACAAAUAACAAAAGAGAUGAAUGUCGCUUGCCAAGUGGUAAGAUCAUUUCUUCCUGUCCCCAAAUGGCUCAUCACUGGCUUGUUGGUAAUGACACAUCAUGCACUGGAGUACCACCACCAUCAAUAGUAACCACACCUCCUGCAAGGCCACAGUGUCAUGUUCCUGAACUCUGCAAGCUUAUCAUAAGCAAAGUUUUUGCAGAAUGCCAUGACGUGAUACCUCCAGAACCAUUUUACAAAGGAUGUGUUUUUGAUGGAUGUCGCAUAACUGAUGAAUCCAUGCAGUGUUCCAGUUUGGAGAUAUAUGCUACAGAGUGUGCUGCUAGAGGUGUCUGCAUUGACUGGAGAGGAAAGACAAACAAUACGUGUCCAUACAACUGUCCAGCAAACAUGGUAUACAAGCCAUGUGAGUCCAUUAAUUCUGCUACGUGCAGCCAAAGCUUUGUUGACCGUCCUGGCUAUGGAGUAACUGAAGGUUGUUUCUGUCCUGAAGGAAAGACACUCUUGAGUGAAGACAGCAACAUUUGUGUCUCUGAAUGCUCUUGUAGAGAGCCAAAUGGAGUAUUCAGAUGGCCAGGAGAAAAAUGGACAAAAAAUUGCCAGGAAUGUGUCUGUGACAGAUCUACUCUCAGAGUGCAUUGUACAAAAUACGAAUGUCCUCUGUCACAGCAAGUAUCUUGUUCUGAACCAGGAUACAUGCCUGUUCAGACACAGAUACCAGAAGAUCCAUGCUGUACCAGGACUGAGUGCUACUGCAAUACGAGCCUCUGCCCUGAGGUCACACAACAAUGCUUAGAGGGACAGGAAGUAAUUACAGUAACACAGCCUGGAAAAUGCUGCCCUACCUUUGAAUGCAGACAUGGCUGUGUAGUCAAUGAAACCUACUAUGCGCCUGGAACUGUGAUUCCAUCAGGCCCCUGUGAAAGCUGCAGCUGCUCCAUAUCCUCUUAUUCAAGCCAUCAGAAGUUUGCUGUCAAGUGCCAGCCUGUUACCUGUGACACCUACUGUCCAGUGGGUUACAAGUAUACAGAGGAACCUGGAAAGUGCUGUGGCACAUGCAAGGCUGAAGCCUGCAUAGUGGUCAUGGAAGACAACACUACACAUGUGCUUAAGGUUGGAAAAUUCUGGAGCCCACCUGGUAAUAACUGUACAACUUACACAUGUGAAGAAUACAAUGGUCAGUUCAUUACAGUCAUAUCAAAGAAAAGCUGUCCCGCCUUCAACUCGGAUCUCUGUGAACCUGACAGCAUCAGGCUAUCAGAUGAUGGCUGCUGUAGAGUGUGCUCAAUCCCAACAUCAGGUUGCAAGAAGCAUAACACCACUACUGUCAUCAAAUACCAAGGAUGUGUUUCUGCACCUGUUGAGAUGACAUACUGUGAAGGCAGCUGUGAUGCUUACUCAAGGUACUCUCAAGAAGCAAACAUGAUGGAACAUAAAUGCUCAUGUUGCCAGGAAAUUCAGACUAGUGUAAGAAAGGUGACUUUGACAUGCAGUGAUGGAACCUAUCUUGAUCACUCAUACACCUAUGUGGACCAAUGCAGCUGUGUUGGUGCUGAGUGUGUUCCACAAGACAUUGCCGACCAACAACAGCAAACAGGCGAAAUAUGAGAUAAAGAAGAAAAAGGGAACGCAAGAAAAAGGGAACGUCUAAAAUUAAAACUAAAGAGAAGCCAAAUGAGUUGAACAUAGAUGAAAACAAACAUUUGAAAGAAAGUGUCAAAAGCAGCUACAAUUUUUUACGAACAGAUUAUAUUUUCUGCAUACAAGCUCAAUAUGUCUGUCUACACUAUGUCAGCUUUCCUUACCAUUGUGUCUCAUACUGUUUUUCAUGACUUUUCUUUACACCUUGAGAGGUACAGUAUAAGAUCAUAUACUGUAUACAAAACAUAUACAAAAUUUUCAUAUUUCUUGUUUGUUUGUCUUAUGAGAAGUGCUAAACCAUAAGAUUUAGACCACACAAAGUCUUUUAUUAGAAUGACAUUGUUUUCAAGGCUUUCCUUUCAUGGCACAAUAUAAACUGCACUGGUGCAGAAUAAAUAUUACUCUGCAGAAAUCAAGUUUUGCUGGUCAUUACAUUCGACAACUACUUGACAUUAUCUGAGAUUUCCUUUGAUACACUGAACUAUUACGGAACAUUUCAAUUUCAGUUCACUGAGACAGAUCAAAAGCUAAAGUCCAAGAAAAAGAAAAUUGUACCUCUGUUUUACUUUCUGUUUUGCAUUAUGGAAAACUUAGAUUGCAAAAAGCCAUAUCUUCUCAAAGCUAUAAAAUUCAAUGUUAUAAACAAUUUUUAGGGCAUUUCCCUAUCUAUUCUCAUGAGAAAGAAAAGAAAGAAAACAAAAGAAGAAAGAAGAAAGAGAGAGAGAAAGAUACUAUAAUGAUAAGCUGCUGCAUACUACUCUUUGUUUACAUAACAUCAUCAGCAUAGAAACUGUAUGAAAAUUUGGAAUUUUUUUUUCCUUUGUGGUUAACUGUUUACAGAAGAAGUAUAUAUAUAUUUCUAUAUAUAUUGCCAAUGGGGCAUAUGAAGGACUUUUGUAAACAAAAGUAAUAAUAAUAAUAUUAUAUGUAAAUUCUUUCCUAGAAAGCUUUUAAAAAGUUGUACUAUUGCUAUUUAUUUUGUUUUUUUUGGAGAACUGAUUUAUUGGGCCAUUUCUUUCAGAAUUAACAUUACCCCAUUUUUAGUCUUAGUCAUAUUAUCUGGGUGUGGUGUAUUUUCUUCUUCCAUUUUGUUUUGGAAUAUUGUUUUAUUUUUGUUCUUUAUGAAAAAAGUAAUGAUGAUUAAUAAAUUGUAAGCAUUUUA